GUGUGAUUGCGCCGAGUGCUCUGAAUAACCAUGGCUCCUAUCUCUGAUCCCUGCUCCUUCUCUUCUUUCUCUAAAUGUGUCAUCCGACAUUUAAACCUCAAUUUCUAUGUGGACUUCGAUAAUCAUGUUCUCAAGGCCAAGGUCGCCAUGACUGUGGAGGUGUUGGAGGAUAAAUUCUCUCUUUUGACCCUUGAUACAAAGGACCUGAAGAUCUUAAAGGUGUCAGCCAACGGCCAAGAUGCUAAGUUCACUCUGGGGGAGCAGCAGCAGGGUUAUAAAGGCAGCCCUCUGGAUAUCACCCUGCCUUUUGAGCUCUCACGCGGGCAGCAUGUGAUAAUGGAAAUCGAGUACGAGACGUCACCCCGGGCCUCGGCUCUGCAGUGGCUGAGUCCUGCACAGACUGCUGGGAAAAAGCAUCCCUACCUAUUCAGCCAAUGCCAGGCAACUCACUGCAGGACUAUGGUUCCCUGUCAGGACACUCCUUCAGUGAAACACACCUACUAUGCCCAGGUGUCUGUGCCCAAAGAGCUGAUUGCUGUCAUGAGUGCGCUGCGUGAUGGGCAGGAGCCAGAUCCUUCUGACAACAACCGCAUCAUCUACCGCUUCCGACAACCAGUACCCAUGCCUUCAUACCUUAUUGCCAUUGUGGUCGGAGCUCUAGAAAGCAGGGAGGUUGGACCCCGAACCAGAGUUUGGUCUGAGAAGGAGUAUGUGGACAAGGCAGCGUUCGAGUUCUCUGAGACGGAGAAGAUGUUAAAGAUUGCAGAAAAUCUGGCGGGACCGUAUGUAUGGGGACAGUAUGAUGUGCUGGUUCUUCCUCCAUCUUUCCCAUAUGGUGGCAUGGAAAACCCUUGUGUCACCUAUGCCACGCCCACAGUACUGGCUGGAGACCGCUCCCUCGCUACUGUUAUUGCUCAUGAGAUUUCCCACAGCUGGACUGGAAACCUGGUGACCAAUAAAACCUGGGAGCAUUUCUGGUUGAACGAGGGACACACUGUGUAUCUGGAGAGAAUGAUUGGCAGGGCGAUGGAGGGUGAGCAGUUCAGGCAGUUUAAAGCCAUGGGAGGAUGGAAAGAGCUACAGGAGUCUGUGCACCAGUUGGGGCCCAAUGAUGGCAGAACUAACCUAGUGCCAAACCUGCAAGAACUCGACCCUGAUGAUGCCUACUCAUCUGUGCCAUAUGAGAAGGGAUUUGCACUUCUUUACCACCUGGAAGAGCUGUUGGGAGGCCCAGAGGUGUUUAUGGGAUUUGUGAAGUCCUAUAUCCAGAUGUUUGCCUACGGCAGUGCGACCACAGAGGAGUGGAAAAAUUACCUUUUCACCUAUUUUAAAGACAAGGUGGACAUCCUAAAUAAAGUGGACUGGAAUGGAUGGAUGCACACUCCAGGAAUGCCACCCUACAAACCACAAUAUGACACCACUCUGGCAGAUGCCUGCAUUGCUCUAAGUCAAAGAUGGGUGAAGGCUAAGGAUGCUGACCUGGCGGGGUUCAGUAAGGAGGAUAUAAAGGAUUUCUCCUCUCACCAGCUCAUUGAGUUUCUGGCUUUGCUACUGCUAGAGGAGCCUCUUACUCUCUCCCAUGUUAAGAGGAUGCAGGAGGUGUAUAACUUCAACAGUGUCAAAAAUUCAGAGAUCCAUUUCAGGUGGCUGCGUCUGUGCAUCAAAGCACAGUGGGAAGAAGCUGUUCCUCUGGCUCUGAAGAUGGCCACGGAGCAGGGCAGGAUGAAGUUUACUCGUCCACUCUUCAGAGACGUGUAUAAGUUUGACAAGUUCCGUGACGAGGCUAUAAAGACCUUUAAGGAGCACAAAGAUGAGAUGCACCCUGUCACAGCAAUCAUGGUGACCAGGGACCUGAAAAUUGACAGCACAGGCUUGUAACUGCACAUACCCUAUUACCUCAGCGAGAAGCAUGCUGGGUAAUCCAGGUCUGAGCAAGAGAAUCAGACCUGUGUGGCUUGCUCCCUGUUUGCUUGGCCUGUUCAGUAUUUUCUAUCUGUAAGAAGGUCUUAAUCUCAGGACGGGAGGGGAAAGUAAAGCCUCUCUAAAUUUCACUAUUACAAUCACCUGCUAUAUGUUUGUCUUUAAUGGAUUGUUUAAAUAACCAUGCUGUGCAAUAAACUCCUCAGACAGCU